GAAGUUCCUAGUCCAUAUCUUAUGGUAGCACCACCUGACUGUAUAUAAGCUGUGGGGUUUCUGCCUCAAAACACCAAACUGCUACAACUUACAUCCAACAUGAAGCUGCUGCUGACUGUCUGUCUGACCUGCACUCUGCUUUACACAGCUGAGUCGCUGCGCUGCCAUGUGUGUGACAAUGACCUAUGUACAAACUCCACCUCAGUCGAAUGUCCUGCUACGAGUAUAGUGUGCAAAACUGUCACUUCAGUGACAGUGACCAAUACAAUCGUUAAUCUGUCAGUGAAUAAAAACUGUUCAUCGCUGGUGUCCUGCUUCACUCCUCUCCUCAUUGAAACUGAAUGGUCUGUGAACAGAGGUUUUAAGAAAGAAGCCCACACCCAGUUUUGCUGUGUUACUGACAACUGCAACUUCCAGACACUGGCCAUUCCCAAUCCUUCAGAGAAUGGGAAGCAAUGUCCUUCGUGUGCAAGCUCAGCUGACAGCCUAGCGGGGACCUGCAAUGCCACUCUCUCCUGUGCUGGAGUCGAGGACAGUUGCUUCAAUGGCACCACAACAUCAAACUCCAAAGAGGUGUUGGAGCUCGGCUGUGUGUCCAGAAACCUUUGCACAUUGCAGGUCGCUCAUGAAGCUCUGUUUGGUUCAAACGCCACGAUCGUCUGUGGAGCACCGUGGAGUGUCAGGAUCAGCGCUGCGCUGCUGACCUUGGCUCUCACAGCACAUAAAGUCCUUGUUUAGAUCAUAUAGAUACUGAGAAAUUAUUUUGUAAUAGUACACAGCGUUAGAAUACUCAAGUAUUUCAUUGCAGUGUAACAAUGACAUAUCUGAACAGAUCAUCUAAAGUAACACCCACGUACACACAGAUAACAUUUUGCACAACAGGCACACACAUACAUACAGAUGUAAUCAUACGGAUAUAAAGUCAUAGACUUGAAGGCUCGCAGAAGUGGUUAUUGAAUGGAGCUGUAAUGACAUAUUGCAGGCCAAACACAAAGACAUUUUUAGUUAUACUUUUAUGGCAAUAAAUUAUUCAGUACAACCACAAAAUGUCCAAUAUAUGUGUCUUUGUAUUUUAUACACAAACAGAAGAAAAGAAAAGAAGGGGAAGGGGGUGUUGGCUUAUGAUAUUGUUAUCACCUGGAAGAAAAUGAGAGACUUUCUUCUACAGCAGUCUGACAACCAUUGACUGCUGUUUAUAGAGCAACAGUUCUCUCAGACUUUACAAAUCAGCUACCUACCUAUUAUUCUGAUCUGUCUGUGACUUUGUCUUUCAAUGUGUUUCUAAUGACAUUAAAUAUAAUUCACAAUUUAAAGUAUCACACAUUAUUAGGGCGGUAGGUGCAUUUUGUCAGGCAAUUUUGAGGGAGACACACAGAUUCCCUCCCUUGCCCAAGCUGCCAAUUUAUGUAUAGAUGGUAGGCUAUAAUACAGUCUAUUAUUUAUUUAUUCAUUUUAAGAAAUUAAAAUUACUGGUCUCUUUUGGUAGCCAACACCCUCAUGUAAAUAGUGUCUAAUGGUUAAUUUAUAAUAACUAAUCGAAACUAACUUAAUCUUCAGUUAUAGAGGAGAAUCAGUAACUUUAAAAGCUGAAUUUGAUCCUUAACUGAAUAAACUGAGGCUCCUAAUGUUGCUUCUGUCCUCACAGUCAAAGUAACGUUUGAAUAUUUUGAAUCAAUGUUCAAGGCCAAAAUGUUCCCUUAAUCCUGCAAAUUAAAGGAACAUUUUGGCCUCAAAUUACAAGAUAUAAAGGACUUAAAUGUGCAUUUAUAAUAAGAUGCUUUUAAGUAGAUGUGUGUGUUCAAGAUGUCACACAUUCCAAACUCCAUUGACAAAACAAACAUUUUAAAAUGUACUUUGUUAAAAAUAACUGAAUAACAUAUUGAUUACAAAUAUCUGAAGCGUUUGAAUGGAUGUUUAGGUAAAUUAUUCUGUUCUUCUUCUUCUUCUUCUUCUGAUAUUUAUUUACCUCCUUAACAGUUUAGGCUACUUGUCACAAACACAUGGUUUAGCACAAAUUCAACUGUAAUUCUGCUGUAAGGUGUUGGUUGAAGUCUACUGGUUUCCAUGACAACCACAGUAAAAAUAAACAUUUUAGGGAAAAUGAA